GAAUUGACCUCCGGGUACAGCGUCGCCAAGUGCUGCAGGCCCCUUUUGCCCUGCUUAUAGAGGAAUGGAGCACCCAGCUAUCAUUUUAAUGUUCUUUUCCUCGCCCAGAGACCCUCUGAAAACAGGGAGGAGAACGAGACAAGGGCGUUUAGCUGAACGCCAGCUGGAAGGGGAGGAGAAAACCUGUUCUGCCUGGGGUCGGGCUGCCGAGAGAAUUAGCCAAACUCUCCAGCUAGCCACUUAACAACGAGUUUGGGUGGGGUUUGUUGCUUUUCUUGUUCUUAGAACUGCCAAAAAAGAUGCCAGGAGGCCCAGGCAGGAGAAGGUGAAGGAGAAAGCCCCGCCUCGGAGGCGGCCGCUGAUGACCAUGCCCGUGGACGAUGUGUACCUGACGUGGCUCUACAAGAGACCCUCCUACGAGCUGGAGCAGGCCGUGGGCAUGCUGAAAAGAUUCCAGGAGCUGGAUUUCACCCACCCCAAGCAGUUUGUGUACAUCAAUGUGUUCCUGGAUAUGGCUCUGCAGAAGAAGAAAAAAGUGGAUCCAUUUUCCAGCAGUGUCACUCUUCCCCAUCGCUUUACAGAUGAGGUGAACAAGGUUUUGGUGUUCACAGAGAAUCAGCAAGAAGCUGAAAUAGCUCGAGAGCACGGAGCUGCCAUCGUGGGAGGACUGGAAUUAAUCAAAUGGAUCUUGGAGGAUGAAAUCCAAGCUGAUUUCUACGUGGCCGUCCCUGCCAUAAUACCCAAGUUAAUACCCCUGAGGAACAAACUGAAAAGGAAGUACCCCAGCAGCAAGAGGAAUUCCCUGGGCAGUGACAUUCCCAAAAUGCUGCAGUUCUUCAGAGAAUGUCACGAGUACACGGUAGAGGACGAGGAUAUAAUCAAGACAAGAAUAGCCAGGCUGGAUAUGCCUGCUGAGCACAUCAUUGCCAAUCUGAAAACAGUUAUCCACGACAUCUGCACCUUCAAGCCAUCAAAUUUCGAUCCCAUUGUGCGGAGGUUGGUUAUCAGAUCUUCCACCAGUGAAGGUUUGCUGCUGAACCUCGAUGGAAUCCUGCCUCAGGUGGAGAAAGUAGAAGAAAAAGAAGAAGAGAAUGCAGUGGGUGAAGAUGAACAAAAGCCAGCUAACCAAGAAUCUGUUAGUACCUGAUGUCUUCUCCUUGUAGAGCUGAUGCUCGAGCAGGGGGAGCAGAUGGUGUCAUUCAAAUCAUGCUCUGUGAGAACAAAAAAUAAAUGGGACUUGUGGAUUUCAGGUGUAAAUUCGGUGUAACCUUGUCACAAACAGAAGCCUGCUGCCAGAACCAUACCGACCUUUUCUCUAAGGAAGAAUUGGAUGUGUUUUGGGGGGGGUGGCAGUGAACGUGCACCUUGCUCUGAUGUCUUUUCCCCGCCUGCUUUGCUGGAAUGUGAACUGGAGAUCCGGCUCUCUUUCCCGGUGCUUUCUGCAUUAUUUCCAGGAGGUGGCGCUCCCGCCCUUUCCCUCCUGGAUAGGCGUUGGAAUUUCUCCUCGGGUGGUUUUUUUGGGGGGCUCUGUUACUGAACACGUAUUUGUAAAGCUGCACCCCGAAAUGUAAGACAGUCCCAGAAAGGAUUGGCUAUUUACAACAGGGAUGAGCUGGUGCAAAUUUGGGCAGGUUUGUGGCUUUCAAUCAUUCCUACUAUUCUUUCAGCUCCCAUCUGAAGAGUUUGGCUGCUGUCAGUCAGGGUCACCAAUGCCUGUCAGGCCACGCUGAUUAUUUUUGGUUGUGUGGGAUGCUUUGCUCAAGAGUUGGAGCAAAAAAUUCCCUUUAGGUUUGUAUAGGAAGCUUUCACACAAUAGACUUUCUGUGUUUUAAGUGGGAAAAUGAAUGCCAGUGCACUUGAAUAUCUUUAUUGCUCAGGCAUUAGACAUGUAAGGAAUAUUAUGAGGCAUUCCAGUGGCUGUGUGUUGUGACACAAAAGGAACCAUUGGCAGGUGAGUUUCCUGUUGGUGUAGAAAAGCAAAGCUUGUGGUAUCACCUGCAUAGAAUUCCUUGCCUUUUCUCUGUUCACUUGGCCUGUUUCCAAGACUUCACUAUCCAUUUUGGAAAAAGAUAGGCCUGCCCUCUUGGAUAGGUGGAUUUAAAAAAGAAAAAGUGAUGUUUAAGCAUAAAUGUAGAGGUGAGCUUAAAUCAGAAGCUCUCAGACUGCUGAGUGCGCUCUCGGAGAAUAAAAGCGCGGAAUAACCAACUUUUCUGCAGGAAUCUGUGCUUGGAAAAUCCCAGCACUGUGGGGACAGAGUAAAUCUGGACCUCUGGAGGUCAGGUGGGAAAGAGAAGUAGCUCAGCAAGUUUUGAGGUGCAGUUCUGGACCGGUGUCACUGCGCCACUGAUUGCUAAAGGAGUGAUGCCCCUGCCCUGUGCCAUGCUGAAACAGUGCUGUACAAGCUGUUGAGUGCACUGUGACUUCUUUUUGUCCUGGAAUGCUUGAUUGGCACGGGGGGAGAGAUGAAAGGGAGGGAGACAAGGUGAGGUGAUUCCUCUUUAAUAAGCUUAGUCCCCAAACACGCGGCGUGGGAGCUCGUACGUGCGGUCCUUGGGCUGGCGUGCCUCAGAAAUCACUUGAGCUGCCACACUAGGCAUGGCAUUGCUGGCUUCUGGAAAUCACUGUGGGAGAGAAGGGAGUGCUGCAGCACCUUCAGCAGUGCAGAUGAUGUAUGGUGGCUUUUAGAUUUGUUUUAUCUGAACCUGCUGCUAGUUUAGCUAAGGAGAAGAGCCGGGGUUCACACACAGAAACGUUUGCCCAAAGAAGGAAGAAGUUGUCCUGGGAGCCUGUGUGCAGUUGUGGGGAGUGCAGGGUUCAAGCUGCCACUCAGCCUCAACCUGGACUUGUAGGGGAAUUUGUGGCACUGCAAAAAACCUGGAAUUUCUGUGGGUCAGACUGAGUUCACGGGGCUUGUGCUGCGAGUUGUGCCACGGUUGGAGGAGCAGGGCAGGGAUGUUCCAAGUGCCACCAGGGAUGGCAGGUUUUUAGUGCUGAGAUGGGUGUUCUGAAUGAUUAGGUGUGAUGAUUUUAUCCAUUGCUCUGCAAUACCAUUGGUCUUGGCAGCCUCCAAAUUCUGGGAGAGGCUGAUGCCCAAAGUCUGUCUGUGGGAAAACUGAAAUAGGACAGAGGGGGGCAAAAAGCUCUUGAAGCUGACUAAAAACACUGCUGGGGAUAAACAUAAUUCUUCUCCAAGCAGUUAUUUCUGUCAGUGCCUCAGCUUGAAGGUGACUAGAGGCUUCAUCCCACCAGGACACAGGAAGGGAGAAUUGUCAGUGUGUCACCUCCAAGACCACUUGGAAAACAAGAGGAAAACCUUCCCAAAUUGCCAGGUACUGGGAGAUGCUGGGUUAAGUUCCCCCGAGGUGACACUGCAACGCCAGAUUGAUUUCAUGGGCUGAUCUCGUUGGUUUUAAACAGGCUUAUUCAAAAAAUUGUUAAAACCCCAGUUAAAAACUGGAAAAAUAUUGGACUGUCAGGCACUCUGGAAAUGGGGAAUCUGCAUAAAAGCUGGUUCACUUGCUCCAGAGAUGGAGCCUUCUCAGAGCCACGUUUCUCCAGCUGUUCUGGGGAAGCCUGUGCCAGCACAUGCCCAGCUCUCCAGGAACACAAGGUAUGUCUGGCUCCAGUCUCUGCAUUUGCCAAGUGGAGAAAGGGAUCUUUCACACCAGCUUGCAGAAAACUGACCCCUGCCCUAGAGGUUUGAUAAAAGGGGGGCUAAAAGUGAUUUAUUUCUACAAGCCCAGUGACUUUUUGUGCCAGUGUUUCUAAGAUCCGUGGCAGCAGCUGACAGCUGGGUCACGGCUUUGUAAGUUGCACCAUUCAAGCUUUCAGCCUUAGAACUAUCUCCUAUUUCUCCUGAGAGAGCCUGAAGCUUAUUUUAUAUCUUUAUUUGCUGCUAAUCUGUAAAGAGACUCAAAACAGAAGUGUUGCUUUUGUGUUAAGUAGGAUGUGAGGGACCAAACUUCACCAAACUUUGAAUUUCUGAAAAUCUGAAGUCUUUGGCACCCAGUGCAAAUCUUGAGAAAUGCUGGAAAUGAGGGAAACGCUCUCCCUUCACUCUGUGGAAUGGGAAAAUCUGCAAAAUUAUCUAAGGUCUUGAGUUCUUCUGACUUUUAAGAGUGUCUUUGGAGCAGUGCUCUCAGGACAGCAGGAAGGAAGGUAGCAGAAACAGGGAGGAUGAAGAGGCUGUAGCUGGACUGGGGAAACAAGUUGUACAAGCCUAAAGAACAGCAGCAGGAAGAUGAACAACGCAAAUGAUUAAAAGAUGUAAUAUGUUAUUUGUAUGAAGUUACUGAA